UUGCAGAGGGAUAAUGCCAAAAAGAGAUUGGAGGGUCAUCAUUUUGAAUCUAAUGGAAACAGUGGCAUUUUUGGCCAACAUGCUGCGAAGAAGCCUAAGAUGAUGAAGCAAUUAGCAGAGACUUGUCCUGAGAAUUUUGCUCCAGUGACUGGUUCAAUUCCUUCUCCUGUGGCUUCCCAAAUGAGUAAUAUGUCCAAUCCAAAUAAGCUGAUGAAAAUGAUUGCUGGCCGGGAUCGAGGCAGGAAAGCGAAGGCACCAAAGGCACCUGCUGGGCAGUCAGGGUCAGGAAAUCCAUGGUCGCUAUUUGAAGACCAGGCACUUGUUGUCCUUGUGCAUGAUAUGGGUCCAAACUGGGAGCUUGUAAGUGAUGCUAUCAACAGUACACUGCAAUUCAAGUGCAUUUUUCGGAAACCUAAGGAGUGCAAAGAGCGUCACAAAAUUUUAAUGGAUAGGAAUGGUGGUGAUGGAGCUGAUAGUGCCGAAGAUUCAGGGUCAUCUCAGCCUUAUCCAUCUACUUUACCUGGCAUUCCAAAGGGCAGUGCCAGACAGUUGUUUCAACGUUUGCAGGGUCCUAUGGAAGAGGAUACUCUUAAGUCUCAUUUUGAGAAAAUCAUUUUGCUUGGUCAGCAACUGCAUUCUCGUAGGAGCCAGAAUGGUAAUCAGGAACCAAAGAAAAUAGCACCAGUCCACAAUUCUCAUAUUCUUGCGGUUUCCCAAGUCUGCGCAAAUAGCUUGACUGGAGGUCCUCUAACGCCUAUUGAUCUUUGUGAUGCGACAACAUCCAGCCCGGAUAUUCUUUCCCUUGGAUAUCAAGGGUCUCAUAAUAGUGGUUUAGCAAUUCCAAAUCAGGGUUCUGUUGCUCCAGUUCUUCCAACUUCCGGUGCGAAUGCCAUGCUACAAGGGUCUUCUGGUAUGACUCUCGGCGGUAGCCUGCCAUCACCUUCUGCUGCCCUGAGUGCUCCUAUGAGGGAUGGUCAAAGAUAUGGUGCUCCAAGACCAGCAUCUCUACCAAUUGAUGAACAACAAAGAAUUCAGUAUAAUCAAAUGCUAUCUGGUAGGAACAUUCAGCAGUCUGGCAUGACAGUUCCUGGGGCUAUUCCAGGCACAGAUCGUGGUGUUCGUAUGCUACCUGGUGGAAAUGGUAUGGGUAUGAUGUGUGGAAUGAAUAGAGGCAUGCCAAUGCCUCGACCAGGAUUUCAGGGAAUAGGUUCAGCUGCUAUGCUGAACUCUGGAAGUAUGCUUCCCUCUGGUGGGGUGGGGAUGCCAAGCCCUGUAAAUAUGCACCCUGGAGCUGUUUCUGCACAGGGAAACUCUAUGCUUGGACCGCGUGAUGCUUUGCAUUUGAUGCGGCCUGGUCAGAAUCCAGAAGAUCAGAGACAGAUGAUGAUGCAAGAACUUCAGAUGCAGGUCACACAAGGGAGCAGCCAAGGGGUGCCCUCUUAUAAUGGGUUGAGUACUGCAUUCUCCAAUCAGACAAUCCCUCCACCAGUUCAGACAUUUCCAGUCCAACAUCAGCAGCAACAUCAGAUGCCCCCACAACAAUCUGGUGUGCUUGGAAACCCACACCACUCUCGCCUCCAAGGAAACAGCCAUGCUACUAACCCACAGCAGCAGGCUUUUGCUCUUCGCCUUGCUAAAGAGAGGCAACUUCAGCAGCAGCAACGCUACUUGCAUCAUCAGCAGCAACAGCAACAGCACCAGUUUGCUACCUCCAAUCCUUUGAUGCCACAUCCCCAACUGCAGUCUCAACAUUCGAUAUCAUCUUCCAAUCAGAGUAGUUCCCAGAUUCAGCAGCAGGUAUCCUCUCAGCCAGUAUCAAUGCCCCCUCCAAAUUCCCAGCAUCCCCUGACACCAUCUUCUCCAAUGAAUCCCAUCUCUUCACAACCCCAGCAGAAACAUCACCUGCCAACUCAUGGGCUUGGUCGAAACCCUCAAGCUGGUGGUGUCAACCUCCCAAAUCAGAUGAUGAAGCAACGGCAGCGGCAGCAGCAGCAACAGCAACAGCAACAGCAACAGCUUCAACAGCCUGGCAGGCAUCACCCUCAACAACGGCAACAACCACAGUCACUGCAGCAGCAGGCUAAACUUAUGAAGGGAUUGGGCAGAGGAAACAUGAUACAUCAGAACCUUGCUGUUGAUCCAUCCCAUGUGAAUGGCCUUCCUACAAAUCAAGGAAAUCAAGUUGUUGAGAAGGGUGAGCAGGUCAUGCAUCUGAUGCAGGGGCAGGGCUUAUAUCCUGGCUCAGGCUCCAAUUCCAUUGAACCUGGCAAACAGUUAAUCCACCAAUCCUCAAAUCAGUGCCAGCCACAACAAAAGAUGUUUCCUCGUCCACCACCUCCUUCAUCGAAGCAGCUGUCGCAGAUGCCUCAUCCUGAUAACUGCAAUCCAGGACAGGUCCCACCAGUUCCUUCUGCUCAUAUAUUACCAUCCCAACAACCAGUUCCUUCCCACCAGCAGCAGCAUCCACAGCCGCAACCAAGGCAGGCAGGGCAACCACAUGGCAUCCAUAGAAUGCUUCAUCAACAGAGUCGGCAAAUGAAUUCUGAUCCGCCAAUGCAGUCCCCGGCUGAGCAUAUUCAAGUUAGCCAGCAGCCUGUGAACAAGGCAUUUCAGAUGGUUACCCCCUCAACAAUGCCUCUGUCCUGUUCUGAAUCGACGAGUGUUAUACCUGUUGUUUCCACUGCAAGCACUCCACAGUGGAAGGCACCAGAGCCACUACAUGAUGCUGGUUCGCCAAAUGCACCUACUAACUUGGCUGCCAUUGGAAACUCACCUUUGCCAAAUACAGUAGGAACCGAGUCCAUAGCCUCUCCAAGCCAAGGUUUAGCACAGAAGCCAUUCUCAGGCAGCAUGCCCAUUCAUGGACAAAAUGUUGGGACACAGUGGCCACAGCCACUGCAACAUCAACCACCACAACCACCAGUGCCACCACCACCAUCACCAUCUGCCUCCCAACAACAACAAACGCAACAAAUUCAGCAGCAGCAACCGCAACAACACCAUCAUCACCAAAAGGCACGACCCCAUCCCCCAUCCACACCUGUGGCCCAACCCCCACAAUCAAAUCCACCAUCCCAACAUCAUCAGCAUGAGCCACCCCAACCGCAGCAAUCUCAGCAGCCGCAUCUGCCACCUGGGGAGGGUGGUCUACAUGCCAGGCCUACCAAUUCUGGAUCAGGAUAAAGCACUGGAGUGGUUGAGCAGUCCUCAGUUUAGUGGGUUGGUCUGGUUGGGCUUUUGUUCUGCAUGCCCAUAUAGCAGCAAUGUACAGGUAAAGAGCUAAUUCCAUGAUCCAGAUUCUUCCGACUGUAUACUAACAUCCAUAUGUCGAAUAGUGAACAGACAAGGAGAUACUGUGGGAUUCAUUUGUUCAGUUCCGUGGAAAAUGUGAAACUAACUGUAGCAUGGGGUUAUGUACAGAUGGCAGCUGGUUACUCCUGUCGGAGUGGUUAGAUGGAAAGGGGGUCCUGGUGCAGUUUUCACCGGAGUGAGGGAUGACAAUUGGGGGUGAUUGUUUUGUGGAAUCUAUUGUUCUUCCUUGUACAUUACUAAUGAUAUAAGCAUCGGAGAGAGGGUGACAGAGAGGUACAUGUACAGGGGUCACAUUCCUAUUUUUCUCUUUGUUUCCCUUUUAGCACCCUGAGUUUGCCCGUGUACAGUGGAAAGGGGGUCUUGGUUUCUUUCUGGCUCCCAUCAAUGGUGAAUGUAUUAUUAUAUUUUUGGAUUAUGCUGUUAGUGAUAAUUGUUCAAUUAGCAAA